GAUGAUGGUGGUGGCUCGUGGUGUCCCUCGAAAGUCCGUCAGUACUAGAUUCAGUUGCUAAAGCCGACUCGGCGUCGACAUCGGUGUAGCUCGUGAACACGCGGUUAUUUGUUUUUCACAGCUGUUCAUUUUACUCUUCUCAAUACUUUUUAAAUACUUGUUAGUUUUUAUAAAAAGAAAGAUAAUUAAUGUGCUGUAAUAUUUAAUAACUACAUUAAAUAUUUUUUUAGCCGAAAAUAAUAGUAUUAUAUUAAAAUAAUUUUUUUUAGUGAUGCCAUAUGUUUGGAAAAGUUAACAUGUUUUCUCAUGUGCCGUUUAUUCUAUAGAUGUUUACAGGCCUCGUGGACCAUAUACACUGUUAGUAUACAUAGAUAAUUAUUUUUUACAAUCAACUGUUGAUUGAUUUAUUGUUUUUUUACUUUUUUAAUAAAUAUUAUUGGUAAUAAAAUUACUCGAUGUACUACAAUACAAUAAAAUUAAUUUACCAUAGUAAAAUUGUAUUAUCUAGCCAUUGUUUGUUUGCAAAAUAACUUUUUGAAAUUAUAAAUUAAUAUAAUUUGAGUUGCAAAAUAAAAUUUGUUUGCUCGCAGUGAGUUGAUUUGUUUUUUAUAAAAUAAACAUAAACACAAUUAAAUUAAAACAAACAGUGUUAUCAGUGGAAUAAAAUUUUUUGUUGGUUUUUUUGACAUCAAGAUGCAUACAUCUUACGGAUGCGGAUAAGCUUAGGGAAAUGUGGUGAAUGAUCGUAACACAGUGGGCACUAAUGGUAUUAUCCAUUUGUCAUUAAACUGGAAAGCAGUAAGGAGUUUGGUCAACUUAGUGGAACUAGGAAACUACUGCAAAGCGGUGGAAGUUGGUAGUGAUGCCGUGAUGGGGUGCGGCUCAAGCUCGUUCUUCCUGACCACAACCCUCGUGGGCGCACUUCUCUCGAUCUUCUUGCUACUACAGACAUCCGGCGCGACGCGUUCACGCCAGCAUGGCUCUACUGAUUUACCGAAAGGAGGUGGAUCUAUAAAUGAGGCAGUAUUUGCUCUUCGAGAUAGGCAAGAAGGAGGUCGGCGAGGCAGAAGAACUACGACUAGUACAACUAGCACAACCACCAUAAUCACAUCUGCAACAUCCAUUCCUAUUCCUGACAAUGUAGCACAGCCGGCGGCAUUACUAGCUCCCGAUGAUCAGACGUGGUUUGUCGCUUCAACGUCAACGUCGUCCAACUUUCCUCUUGUGAUAAAAAACACAUCGAGACUACCCCCAUUGGAGAUUGUCAUAAAACCUCAGGCGAAAGUUGUCUUACCUUGCGAAUUAGGUGGGAACUACUCGAGAGUGUUGCCAUUUACCAGAGUGUCUUCCAGAAAUUACCGAAUGCGACCAGCAAAAUGGCUACACAAUGAUUUACCAGUGGACAUGAUUACAAUAGACACUAGAACAGAGAUGAGCGGAACAGGUCAUAGGUACAUUGGGGAUUCCUCAACAGCUGCACUUCACAUUGACAGCGCGAGACUAGAGGAUGAUGGUAUAUGGAAGUGCACUAUUGAGAAUGACCAUGAAGAGCUACUCUCUGGAAGAACGGUCAAGCUCGUCAUCCUUGAGGCGCCUCGAGGGACUUAUCUGCUGAUAGAUGGCCGCCGCUUGGACCCGGGAAAUCAGUUCGUACCAGUCAAAGAAGGCUCGGAACUCACUUUGGAAUGUGCUGCUGAGGGAGGCAAUCCUCCUUCGGUACUGUCUUGGGGAAUGACACUGUCACAAACCACAUCGGAAGGUCCUGAGCAACCGCCAGACAACCUGACAGUAGUACCGUCCACCCAUGCUGGUCACAGUGGAGCACAUCUCAAAGUUCAACGUGGACAUCACAAUGCCACCAUCAUCUGUACUGCUCGACACGUCACACUCAAUGUACCCAUGAAUGCUAGUAUUCUACUCGAUGUUCAAUAUACUCCAUCAUUCGCCAUAACACGUUUACCUGGAUUUGGAAAUCCCAUAUUCGAGGGAAUGGCUGUUAGUUUAAAAUGCGAUGUAGACAGCAACCCAUCCAGUUUACCAAUUUGGCAGUGUGACAAUGAAGCACCACCAGUGGAACAAUCCGACGAUGGCUGGUUAAACUAUACCAAAAUCAGCAGGAACGACAGUGGUUGGUACAAGUGUUACACCAGACAUACUCUAGGCGUUUUUUCAAGCAUUGGAUACUUUCUUGUUGUUCGAGCAAAUCCAGAUAUAGAAAUGGAAGCAGAAGCAUUAAAUGGAGAGGCAACAGACUCAAGAAAGAUGGAGGUACAAAUUGGUGGUGCAGUUACUCUUGAAUGCGAUGGUGGUUGUUGGGGUCAUGGAUCGGCAAUGGAUCCAGCUGGAUCAGGACCAUUGGCUCUUAAUCGAGUAGUUUAUCAAGAUGCUGGAGAGUAUCGUUGUGUUGCACCAGAUAGAAAAUUACAGGAUACUUGGAGAGCCCAAUUACCUUAUCACAUUAAAGUUACAGGUCGACCAAUGGUAAAUCCAACGAUGCAGUCGGUGUCUGCAAAGGAAGGCGACGCUUUAGAAGUCGCUGUCGAAUUUUGUGCAGAACCUUCUUAUACGAAGCUCCUCUGGCUGUCUUCCGAGAGUGUCUAUGUACCCGGGGGCAACGCCCGAGAUGAUGUUCGAGUCUUAGAAGUCGAGAAUGGUGAAAUAGAGGCAUGUUUCAAAACAACAUUACAAAUUGACGCCGUCCAAUUGUCACAUUCAGGCGAGUGGACGCUGAUUGUUCGUUCACCUGCUGGCGUCGCUGACGCAUCUGUGUCAGUAAGCGUCACACGUACAUCAAGUUUUAAUGGUGACUGCAUCUCCAAUUGUAAUAUUACAACAUUGUUCCUUUGUCUGGUAUUCAUCACACUCUAUCCUCAACAACGUUAAUUCAACACCACUUUGUUCAUGUACCACAAGUCUUGCUACUCUUGGCUUUAGGAAUUUAACGCACUUAAUUUUAUUCAACCGUUUCAUUCAAUUACGAGAGAAGCAAAUCGAUUUUAUAGGAAAUGAUACAAUUAUAACUACAAAGUCGAAAGGGGAUGAUCUUUCCAUAUAUAACUAUGUUGAUUAGUUUUAUUAAACUUAAAUUGUAAACAAUAAAAUAAUUUCAAAUAACUAAAAAUUGUUCACUAUUUGAGAUUGGUGAAACAUAUAAAUGAAUGACUUGUUUAUUAUCACUGGUGUAAAUAUUUGUAUAAAUAAUUUAUACUCGAGCGACUGCAUUUAUAUUAUAAAAUUGAUUGUAAUUGUGUAGUAAAAAUUAUUAAAUAAUAAAAUUAUUAUUCAUAAGAACCAAUGAAUAGUAAAUAAUAUCUUGAAUAAUUAUAAUCAAAUAUUUAAAUAUAAUGUUUCAUAAGUUGAUAUAAAUAGCUCUCCUUUCCAUAGAUGCCGAAAGUUAGAUUAAAAAAAUAUAUUGUUGUACAUUUAUUUGGUGAAAUAAAUUUAUAAUAUGUAUAUAGUAAAUGUAUAUUUAAAUUAAAAGCAACGUAUAAUGUUACAGUUGUGAAGGAUAUAUGAAAAAAUACAGUAAACAACUGAUAGAAUAAAUAUUUAUGAUUUCUUGAUAUAUUUUUAUAAACUUAUUUUGAUACAUAAGUUUCUAUUUAGCUAAUUCCAACCUUUCAUAAAUAUUUCUUCGUUGCCAAAUUUUAAAAUAAAUCUUCGUGAGUCUUUUUCUUCAUAAAAUUUUUUAAAAAAUUUUAUUUAUUAAACAUUUAUGUUAAUGAACAACUUUAAAUUAUUCAUUUUAUCACUUUCAUAAUAACUUAGAAAACUAUAUCUAUGAAUAUCCUAGUAGAUCCGAUUACGGUAAAAAUACGGCAAUUUACCGCAAUUUGCAAUAAAUAACCGUAUUUUGCCGUAUUUACCGCAACUUGCCGUUAUUCACAGUAAAAUCUCGUAAAUUACCGUAAAUUGCGGCAGCUCUGCUGGAUACCGUAGAUCACGGUAAUUACUGUAAUUUACCGUAAUUUGGAUCUACUAGGGUAAUAAUGAACGUAAAAAUUUUUACAAAUGAUUGAUAAUAAUGAUUAUAAUCAAGUAAUAUUAUGUCAACUUCAUAAUACUCGAUAAAAAAAAGUCCUUAUUAAAUUAAGAAACUGAAGAAGAAAGUCAAUUUGCAAGUAAAAAGAUAUGAUAAAAGGAUUACUAUUUAACUAUUACAUUAAUAAUACUAGUAAAAUAAUAAUAAUGAUAAUAAUAAUGAUAAUAAUAAUAAUAAUAAUAAUAAUAAUAUCGAUAGGUAUAAUAAUGGCUCACGAAGAAAAUCUGUAAUUAACAUUUCAUCAUUGUAUUCUCUAGACAGUGAAAAAUUGUAAAUUCGACUCUGAAGUUGAUCGAGAAAAACCAUUUAUUAUUAAAAAAAAAUAAUAAGUAUAAUCAUGAACAAAAUACACAUUAGUGUUGGCGAUAAUAAUAUUUAUAUAGGAAAAAAUAUUAUAAAAUAAUAGCUAAAAUCCCUAGCAGAUCCGAAUAAUGGUAAAUUACGGUAAUUACCGUUAUUUACGGUAUUCAGAAGAAUUACCGUAAUUUGUGGUAAAAUACGGUAAUUCGCCGUAAUUUACGGUAAAAUGUAGCAAUUUUUCUAAAUGUACCGUAAUUUGCGACAAAACACUGUGAAUGCCGUAAUUUGCGGUACAUUGCUGCAUUUUACCGUAAAUUAUGGUAAUUCUGCUGGAUACCGUAAAUUGCGGUAAAUUACGGUAAUUAUCGUAAUUUACCGUCAUUCGGAUCUGCUAGAAGUAAUCGAGCUUACAAUUAGCAACGAUUUAUUUUAAAAAAAUUUAAUUUUUUAAUUUAAAGAAAUAAUUGAUAAAUAAAAACCGAUAGUUUUGAAUAGCAUUGUAUACAAUUCCCAAUUGGAUUGUUGGUUCCAUCUAGUGAAAGCUCGAUAUACACGUCUAUUCUGAUAAAGAAAUCUAUCAUGUAUGAAAUAACUUGAAAGAUUCCAUUUUCUUAAAAGACUUGUUAAAGAUAAAUGAAACAAAUAAUUAAAAUUUUCAAGUUCACUAUUAAUAGUUUUAUGAUGUGGAUGACUCAUUAUAAAUUAAUACUCAAAAACAAAAAGAAAACGAUAAAAUCAAAUUAGACUUGAUAGAAAAUUUUUGUGACAGAAUAGUUAAAUAAAUAUUAGUUAUGAAAUAUUGUAAAUAUUUUAAUUAACUAAUUGAAAAACAUAUAUGUGUACAGUAAGGUGAUAUAUUAUAAUUUAUCUGGAUGCAUAAGCGAAUAUUGUCUGUUCCUCUCUCUUUUUUUUUUUUUUUUGAUUGUAUUUCAUUUUACAUAAACCAGCGCAAUUAUAAAUUGCAAUUACAAAUUAUUUAUAAAUAAACAAAUAUUUUGAAGUGGCAGUUAAACCAUUUCCUAAUGUUCGCACAGAUUUUUUUUCGGAUAUGCAAAUAAGUAUAUAAGUUACCACGAGACAUUUGAUAGUCCCGUUGGAGUGUACUUAAUUAUAGAAUAUACAAUAAAAAAAAGAACAAUGAUCAAUUUACUGUGUAUUAUAAAUAACAAGAGCAUAAAAAGUUGAUGUUGUACCUAUAUGUAAGUAUGAUAGUCUUACGGCCAAGGAGUAAAGUGUAUACGUCCAAAUUCAAGAAGAAUACGAUAAAUUGAAUUUAUUUACCCUUUACAUUCCUGUAGUAACACCCACUUAUUUUCAUUCUAGUGCAACUUACAACUUAAGCGGCAAACAAAAAGCUAUGUUAUUUGACAUGCCUGUACUUAAACCCGUAAGUUAGAGUUGUACUUCGAUACAAUAAA